UUCUGUUCGUCACUCGAUUUGUGAGAAUUGUGAUGGGUAGGAGGUUAAAUCAUUGAGCAAGGAUCACGGAAAAUAUUCGCUGUAUUGAUUGAUUCCAUCCUUUCUUCCUUUCGUUGGGAUGAGUCCACGCUGGGAGAGGCAGGUGAAAUUUUCGCUUCCUACAUGCUGAGCCAGUUGCAUGAUCUGCAAAAUGGGUCCUGACAUAGAGCUGAAGGGGAAGGUGGAAUCUGCCCCAGAAGUUCACUUUAGUAAAGAGAUUUUUCCUGCCCCUACAUUUUCGGAACGCAAAGAUUUUCAACCUACGAUUAGUAAGUGCAGUGCUUGUGCCAACGAAGCAUUGCCAAUUGAAAAAUCUCCUUUGUCUAACGGAAAUGAGGACGUGGAAGUUAACAUAACUGGUUCCUCAAAUUCUGGGAAGACAUUGGUUGUUGAAGUUGCCUGUGAGGAUGCCACAGAGUAUUCUAGUUCUUUUGGUGAUACGUUAUCUGGCACAGAGAUUGAGAAUUGUUCAGCAUUCAGUGAUGUUGAAGUCCAAUCACAGAUACAUUCUGGGAAUGCAUCCUCACCAAUGCAUGAUGAUUGUUUUGAACCAUUUCGAAUAAGGAAGAAAAAACUGACUAAUCAUUGGAGGAGGUUUAUACAUCCUCUAAUGUGGCGUUGUAGGUGGAUAGAAUUGCAGCUGAAUCAACUUCAGUCUCAAGCGCUUAAAUACGAUGAAGAACUUGCAAUAUAUGAUCAUAGAAAGCAGCAUGAAUUUGCAAACCUUACACUGGAUGGUUUUGGUACCAAGUCAGUACCUUAUACGGGUUCAAUUGGUAGGAAUAAAGUGAUGAAGAGGAAAAAACGAAAGAGAGUUGAAGCAGAAUGUGAUUUGCUAUCGGACAUGUCUAACCAUAGCCUAUUCUCCUACUAUGAAAAUAAAAACUUGGCUGAUGUUGUCCAUUUGAAAGAUGCACCUGAUGUUGCUACAGGUAAUGCUGUUAAUGCUGAGGAGUUCAGGUGGAAUGAUAUUUUGUCAUCUCUUGAAUCUAAAGAUAGUGAUAAAUCCUUGAAGGACAUUAUUUUAAAGAUUGAAGCAGUGCAUGAACAAGUUCACAGAUUGAAAACUCGGAUUGACGUGGUGAUUAAUGAAAAUCCAGUGAAGUUCACUUCUGUUAAUAAGUUGAGUAUGCAUGAGCCAUCUGAUGGGUUGAAUCAUUUUGAAAGACAUUCUACUUCUCCAGCAGGUGCUAGAAGUAAACACGCAUUUCCUGCUAGAUCUGUUAAAACUGAGUUUAAUAUGGGAGAUCUGCUAAUGCCUGGAAAUGAAGUAUCAAGUUGCGUAGAGAUGUCUCCUCUUAUUGAGACCACCUGUAAGCCUCAGCAUGAGGUUCUGUGGGAAGAUACGAAGGAUGGAGUUCUAAUUCAAAACCAUGUAGCUAAGGAAGAGCUGCAACGUUUUGAAAAUGUUAGAAAUGAGCUUGUGAAAACAACGGAUGAGUCGUUUGAAGAGCGGAAAUCCAUUUCCCCAGUUCGUGUUUUAGAGCCAGAGUCGGCUACUGAGAUUGCUGCAAACAAUUUGCAGCCUGCUGUUCAAGCAUGUUCUACUUUGAAGUCAAAUCCUUCGAAGAACCAAAGGAGGAGACGGCGGAAAUCGCGCUGAAAGGGGUGGUUCGGGUGCAUCUGAUUACAGCUAAAUUAUAGCAGAACAGUAGUUUUGGGUGGGAAAUUUUUCCAUCUUCUAUUAUCAUCUUAUGUAAAUGCUAGUUAAUAUUGCGUUUUCUUGCUCUCGCAUCAAGAUUGGAGUUUAUUUGUAUAUGAUGUGAAUAUGAGAGUAUACUAUUUUUUGAAGGAAGCUUAGGGCAUCUUAUUCGAUGGAUCUCAA